UGUUGUGGGUAUUUUUUAAGUUAUUCUUUUAACACUUCUUUUAAAGGGUUUUUGUUGUGAACAAAAUUAUCCAAUCCAAUUUUCCUACAACACAAUUUUUUUUCUAACGGUUUAAUAAUUUAAACAAUGAAACCAAAGGUUACUGUUCCACCAAAAGAACCUUUUAAGAAUAUCUCUACGAAUAUAUUACGAAUAUUACGAACCCCGCUUACCACGCACGAUAACACACGAUUAAAUGAAAAUGUUCGAAAGUUAUUGAGUGGUUAUAAAAAUGACUUGCACAUAAACGAUAUUAGUGAGGUAACUAAAUUAUUACUGGUGUUAUUUGAAAAAAGUGAAUAUUCCGAACUACAUCUUAAUCAUUUUUUGGAUAUUUUAAAUUUAUGUUGGUAUAAAUUUAAGCUGUAUCAAUCUGGUUAUAUCGCAAAAAUGAUUGAAAGCUUUACCAAUUUGUUUAAUGCUUUAGCGUUUUUAUUGGGAGGUACUCAAAACUCAAAAAUAACCCAACCGAUAUUAUUAACUUUAAGAAAAAUUGGCCAAAUCACCAAACGCACAACGUCUUUUCUCUACAAAAGUGUUUCUAUAGAAGGUUUAAUAAAAAGUGAACUUCCAAAUAUAUUAACUGAAUUAUUGGAAAUUUCGGAUCAAAAUUAUUAUCACAAUCUUUUAAAAACAUUAGAAUCUUUAUUAAUUAGUGAUACAAUUUGUUAUGGUUUUAUAAAAUUAAAUAUUUUCGAUAUUGUAAUGAAUAAAUUGAAUGUGCCCUCAUCGUUGGGCACGGGAAGAAGGAGUACUUACGAGGAGUUAAUCCACUGUAAUUUACCUGAUCAUGUACAUACAAGUAAAAAUGUUUUGUUUGGGUUAAUAGAUGCUUUUACGAAAAGUUCCACAACGUUUAAAGAUUACAUAUUCAAUCACUGCCAGAUUACGCGAGUUUCUUGGAAGUGCAUCGCUGAAAUUUUUUAUAUUCUCGUUGCCACAAAUGAUCAAAGAACUUUAAGAAACAAUUAUUUUUUAUUGGUCAGAUUAUUAUCUAACGCUUUUAACGUGGAUCAUGCUUUAUCUUAUUUAGAUGGUUACAAAUUAAUUUUCGCAACUGAAAUUGUCCAAAAUUCUUGGGUAUCUCAAGUUCGUUUUCAACCGGAUGAUUUAGAUUUCGACUUUAAAGUUUUAUCUUUAAGCAUGUUAGGAAUAGAUUGUCCGUAUGAAUCAACAGUGCAUCUUUUAAAGAAAAUGAAAGCGAUGCAAGGUCUUAUAAAGAUAAUCAACCCAGAAGAAAAUUUAAUUUGGAAUGAUGGGCAAAGAAAGGCGUUAAUGAUACAUGCUUUAAUUGCAAUUGAAAAUGUUGUUCUUAACGUGCUCGAUGAGUUUGUGAAUGGAAAUGGACCUAAAAUAUUAGUUAAUUUAUUGAGAUUAUCUCUCGAUGAUAUUUAUCCAAUACAAUUAGCCAUACCAGCUUUAAAGUGUAUUCGAAAAACUUUAAAGGGGAAUUAUAAAAUAAUCGAUUAUGAAUAUCGAAAAGAAAAUAUUCUUUCGUUGUUGGUGCAAUGUUUAAAAGAUCUUAUUAACUUGCAACAUUUUUCGAAAACAAAUCAGAAUUUUUUGAUUUUAAUUUAUUGCAUUCUUGAGAAAUUAUCGAUUAAUAAAGAAAAAGAAACUCCUGAUAUUAUCAAGAGAAGCAUAGAAAUAAUGAAACGAUACUUAUCUCCAUCGCUGAACGAUUUUUUUUUACCACCAAUCGGAUUAAUUGCCAUUUUAGAUUUUCUUUGGAUAAAUGUGGUAGAAUCCACAGAAAGUUUGAAUCAUUUUAUGUCAAAUGAAGGUGUUUUUGUUCUUAUGGAUGUUAUAGAACGUUUCCCCAUCGCCAUGAAAGUACUUGGUUUGAGCAUUCUCACCGAUUUAUGUGAAAUCGGAGGUUUAUCCAGCAUAUUAACAUGGAGGGGAAAAACUGGAGAUACAGUCAUUCCAUUUUUGAUGAAAAUUUAUCAAAAACAAUGUCAAUUUGAUAAUGGAGCAUGCGCAAUAUAUACAACAAGAAGUGGUCAUACAAAAAUAAUCAACAAUAAAUGUGGUCACAAACAUAAAACUCAAGAUUCAUGUUUGACGUGUUUGGGAAUGUUGGGAAAUUGUAAACCGAAAAUUUACGCAAUUUUGUAUAUGAUAAAUUGCCAUUGGCAAUCUAACCUUGUAAAUAAAACCUACAAAUUAAGCGAACCUCUAAAUUACCAAGAUAAAGUUACCCUUUUAUUAGCGGAGUAUUAUUACCCGCUAAAAAUCGGCGAAGUUUGGACGGAAUUAAAUCACGACAUGGAACAAUCAGGAAUAAGACCGUUAUUGUUUGAUCAAGAACUUAUUGCUUUUAAUAUUCGCAAAUAUACCGAUUUAUCUAAUUUCGUUAGACAUGAACAAAACAAACUUUUCUUAGAACAAGAAGUUAAAGAUAAACAAGACGAAAUGCGCUUAUAUAACUACCUUAAAGAAAGUACUUUAUCUGAAAGUUUGGAUGCGUUACAACAAUUAAAACAUCACGCUCUAUGUAGUGAACACGUUUUUAGACUUGCAGCCGCUUCAAAAAUGAUAGCGAAAUUGGAUGACCGGAAAGGUCGAAGUAAAGAGUCAUUCGUGCGGUUUCAUUCAACAGUUCCUAGAGCAGGAGUUACAUACUUUGGUGGGCAGAAAGCCGAUGUGGAUCCGAAAAUCGAAGAUAUUAAAGAAAGUAAUAAAAAACUAGAGUGUUUCCUACCCUUAAUUGAUUCUGAACAAUCCAUGCAAGGAAGGAUUAAGAACAGUCCAUCUAAUUCUAGUAGAAAUAAAAGAUUUUUAAAAUAUUUUAAUAAAAAUUUAUAAAUAAAACAACUACAACAAUC